CUUUAUGAAAAUGGUAUACAGAAUUAUUCGUAUCGUGUUAUUGUUUUUUCCUACAAUUGUGAAAUGUUUAAAUCUCGAGGCAAGAAACGAAAAAACUUUUCCGAAUGGAACGCUGGUUGGGACAUAUCAAUAUGUAGAUGCACAGGGUAACCAAGUGCAUGUGAAGUACUUUGCUGAUGGAAAUAGUUACAGCAUCGACUUAAAAGGAUACAAGAUCCCAGAAACCGCAGAGACAACCCAGAAUCUAACUUCCUCAAUAGCUAAGCCAACCACCGAGGUAGAUACAUUGGUACCGCUAAAAUUAGACUUUCCGGCCAUUGACAACAUCUACACAAUUGAAAACCCGCACAACUAUACUAAUGAUAUUUCCAACAAUAAUGAACAAAAUCAUGAAUAUAAUGAGGACCAAACCAUAGAUUAUGAUGUUUAUGACUCUGUGUUGAAAAUACCUAAGGUUAAACCUUAUGAAAAGGUCAAGGAAGUGAGGAAAACCGUAAGGAAGAUUCGACAAACGUUGGAUAUUUUUAUGAGAAAAAUACCUAAUGCAUAAUUACUUUUACAUCGGUUAUGUUUAGUUCGUAUUCUAUUUGAAUAAUAUUUACUGUUACUUACAGAA